CCAUGAUACCCCCAUGCGUUGCCAUUCCUGUGGACUCAGGUGUUAUUCCUUCGUACCCAGUAAAUUCACGCUAUAUCCCACUCUUUAUACCGAAACACAGGUCAUUACAUAUUGUUACGGUACGGUUCACGUAAGAGUAGCUUCAACCAGGAUCACUAGUUUUUGCCCGCAACUUCGUCAGUGUAAAUUUCAGAAAUAAAAAACGAAUUUAAACCGCUUCUAAAUGAGGUAUUACGAUAAAACACGCACCAGAUUUUAAGUUAGACCUACAGGAAUACAAUUGUGAGAAGAGUAUCCAAUUUUGUGUAAUAAUUUUCGUGUGAUGCUGAAAGAAAUAUACAGAUAAAAUUUUUAAAAAUAUUGUAAUAACUUUUAUUGCCUUUAUUAAAACCCCUUAUAAUUUUUUUUUACACAGACAUCUAUUAGUAACAAUUUUAUUAUAUUAAUAAGAUUUGUAUUGGCUGGAAAACAAUCGACCAUGCUGCAUCACAUAAGGAUUUUUUUUAGUUUGUACAGAGCGUGAUAUUUUUAUUGAACAUUAUUACAAUUUAUAUUUAUAUACCUUUGGUAUUUCUGAUCUUUUUAACCAAUUUAACCAUUAAACAGAUAUGCUCUAGUAUAAGUUCCGUAAGAUUUUAUUUUGAGAAAAUGUGCACAUUUUCUCUACAGAUUUGGACCGAUUUGCAAGGGUUUAUUUCAAUUACUGCUAAUGUUUGUUCGGUUUUUUGUAAAAAAUGUUUCGUGACAAAUACAUAAUUUUUUUCUUAAAUUACUCAUAGAAUCAUUAGUCUCUUUUCGCACUAGGAUAUGCAUAUUCCUGAUUCAAAACUCAUUACACCCUUAUAUAGCCCUAAAGUCCCUAUAGAAAGACCCUAAAGUCUCUAUAGAAAAGGUUAUUCUAUUCACCCUCAAUGAAGAACCAAUCAUCGUUUAUCAUAUAAAUGGUUGAGAGUAUCCAUUAGGCUCUUUCCCUCUCUCGUAAUGGUUCGUCUCGAGACAGCAAACUCGCGGGCCCCGUUGUCCGGCGUCCUUACUCUUGAUGCACGUGUGCGGCACAGUACCCCGGCCCCGGUGCCCACUCCGCUCGCUCGGCCCCGCGCCGCGCCUCGCAGGCUUCACGCACGCGCCGCCCAAUGCGCAACCACACCACGCAUACCGCCAUACCUCGUCUAGCUUAUUUCGAUUGCGACUGACAUUUAAAACGUUAUGAAACCCAGCUUCUUCACUGGAAAACAGGUAACUACUCGUCGAUUCCCAAAUUCCUUCCCCAUCAUCCCGUCAGUAGGCUCGCAGUGCUCGAUUCACGGGCAAUGGUGUGAGAGCGCGGGCCGGUAAAAAUAGAGCGUUAGAAAUGCGGCGGUGACUGGGGUGAGGCAGAAUGGCGGGGGUUGAGUGAGCGCCCUGCCAGGGGCCGCACCCUUUGAUUCACUUUGUUGUGGUUCGUACGCCGCAUACUCCACCUGCCCGAUAAAACGAGUGCAUGCAAUCACUGCUCCUUCGCGCCGCUUUUGUCCUUUUAAGAAUUUUGUUGUUCACACCAUAAUCCUUGCAAGUGGGUCAAGUCAAACAUCAUCGCCAAAAACCACCACCAAUAUGCAUCUACAUACGUUUAAAUUAAUAAACGAAGAUGAACUUCGCGCCCUUCACUGGUCACAUCCCGACAGCGGCGGCGAUACCAACCAUCCACCAGUUCGCUGCAAAGUUUGGAUAUGAGGGUACUGGUAACAAUACUGGUGUGGUCCAAGAGACUAGAUACCAGAAUACUGGUACGGGCGGUGGGGUACAAUUCGCUGUUGCGCCAGCUUCUGGCAGCGUGUCCGUCGAUGGUGUGAAGUUCAGACAAGCGGAGAGUGUUGUCGUAGUGAGCAGUGCUCAACCCGGGGCUGUCACCUUAGCUGGAAUUGCUCCUUUACAUACAGUGAACACGGGAGUGAAAUAUCAGACAAUAUCGACAUCUUCCGUCAACCUGGGUAACAUCACAUACGGCGGGCAGGCGAGCUACGUGCAAGCAGAGACGGUACACCAACAGCUGAAGGCGGAGCAGCGCGCCGACAAGCGGGAGUACAGGGAGGAGUUGCACCAUGACCUGAUGGCCACCAUGAUGCAGCAGCACCAGGUGACGCAAGCGACGCCGUUACAACAAGGCACACAGCAGCUCCUGGUAGUGCUGCACGAGCCGAAGGAGGCGGCGGCGUUGGCGCGGGCCAUCAAGCAAGAGAGCAGACCGGAGCGAGCAGCAGCCACUGCGCCCGCUGAAUUCAUAAUUUCAUAUCCGCCAGGUAUCGGCGACGUGACCGACAGCUCAACAUGGCAGACACUGGGCGGCGGCGUGGCGGACUACCUGUCCGCGCUACCGCUACCUCUGCACCACUUACUCAAGUAUUCCACACCCACCAACUCGGUGGCGGACGGCAAGAGGGACGAACAGCCGACUAUAGUGACGGCGGUCGCCGCCAACGCGGUUCCCUCUAUGUCCUCGCUUACUAUGCCAACAAAUGCAGUAAACAGUGUGGUCGUGCAGACAGCCACAAUUGUGAACCAAACCGUGAACACAAACGCGGCGAACUCUGUCUCGGUACCAAAGAAGAAGAAAAAGAAGAAAACUACAAAAGAAAAGAAGCCGCGCCCGAAGCCAGGGGAGAUACGACUCACCACUGCAUUAGACGGCAGCACACUGUACUGCUGCCCAGAAUGUCACAUGGCGUAUCCGGAGCGCGGACUGUUGGAGCAACAUCUGGUUGGACACACCAUGGAGAGGAGGUUUAUUUGCGACAUCUGUAACGCAGCGCUAAAACGCAAGGACCAUCUCACGCGACACAAGCAGUCCCACAACCCGGAGCGGCCGCACGUCUGCUCCGUGUGCCUGAAGGCGUUCAAGCGGAAGGAACAACUCACCCUGCACUUCGUCAUACAUUCUGGUGAGAAGAGGCACGUGUGCAACGAGUGUGGGAAAGGUUUCUACCGUAAAGAUCACCUUCGCAAGCACACGCGGUCGCAUAUAGCGCGGCGGGUGAAGGCGGAACUGUCGCAGCAGGGCGCAGCCGGCAGCCCGCCGCUGUCGCAGGCGGUGCCGGCGCCGGCGCCCGAGCCCUCCUGACCGCAGCCCGACGAGAAAAACGACCUGCUCACGCUAAUCGCGGCUGCAAAGGACGCCUUCUGACUCGAGUAAACACGAUGCACAGAUCGCACGAUUGUAGACCAAAGCCUUGUAGAUGUAGGAAAGUUGCUGUGGGUCAGCGCAGACCGGUGGUGGUCAGACUACUAUAGUCUCUUUCAAUAAAAUUAAAAAUAAUGCAUUUUACGCGAAUGAAAAUGUAAUCAAACGACUAAAUAACAAGACAAUAAAAUUUGCUGAUGUCAAAUAGUAGUACAAAACAAUUUUUUUUUGUUGCUAUUUUUUUAUUUGAUCUAUUUUUUAUAGAUUAAUUGAAUGAAUGUUUCGAUUUGUUACUAUAAUUCCAUUUAGACAAGUAUUUCUGUUAUAAUUUAGAUAAAACUUUGGCCAUCAGAGGGAGACUUUGUACAAAAGACGUUUGCUUGGGCACCUCUGUCCCAUUCAUGUUUCUACCGUAAAGCAGUUAUGUUUUCAUGGCUGUGUUUCGGUUUGAAGGGUGGGAUAUGGCAGUGAAUUUACAGGAUAUAGAGGAAUAACACCUGAGUCCUCAGAAAUGGUAAUGCAUGGGAGGUAUCGUGGGCGAAACAGUAUACUCUGUUAUGUCCAUGGUACUGCUCAUGUCCAUAGGCGACGGUUACCACUUUCCAUCAGGUGGGCCCGUCUGCUUGUUUGCCUUUCUAAGUUAUAUAAAAAAAAAUUAAACUUUUAAUUGGAAACUUAAAUAUAGGCCGAGGAUUUUUUGCGGACCAAUAAAAAAAUUAAACAGCAAACAAAACGUCCCUCAUAUAUGCAACCCAUUGGAAUGCAGUUGAAAUUAUUCUAAAAAAAAAGUAGCUGACCCGGCAAACGUUGUUUUGCCAUAUAAAUUAUUUCUAGCGAAAAUUAUUUCGGGGUAAGCCACUGUUAUCACUUAGGGGUAUAAAAAAUAGAUUACCUAUUCUCAGAUCUACCGAGUAUACAUAUAAAAUUCCAUCAAAAUCGGUUAAGCUGUUACGGAGAAGUAUGAAAACUGACACUGUGACACGACAAUUUUAUAUGUAUAGAAAUAACUAUAGCUCUCGAAGUCCCAUGAAGUGAAGGUGGCUCAGUGUGCCUAGCAACUGAUUUAGUACUCUAAGUCGGUCUGCGCUAACCCUAAACUUCUAAUUUCAUUAUAAAACCAUAGCCUAUCAACUUCAUACGUAGCGCUCCUGAAGGAUUGCAUUGUUCUAUACUCUACUGAGUUUUAGAGUUACUGGCGUGCUAUAAUUAACCUUAAUUUUAAAAGAAAAAUCAUUCUUGUAUGUCACAAUUAAAAAUAUUUUAAAUUAUUUGUCGUAAAAACUUAAAAUAAUUGGGUUAAUUCUGAGGCACCAUUUUAUUAAAACUAUCUCAAAAAUUAAAUGAUAUCACAGAGAAAUCUUUAUUGUAUGAACCCAAAUAAGAACUACAUUUAAAUCAAAACUACAUAAUUUAUGAUAAAACAGUAAUUUUACGAAAUUAUCAAAUUUAAAUAUUAGAUUAGAAGAUAGGUUAUGGCGCCUCAAAAUCGACGCCAUUAUUAAUAAUUUUAUAGUUACGGAUGACAUAGUUUAGGUACAGCUACGUAUAAAAUUUAAAUAUUGGGCGAUGCCCGUGUCUACAUUCUAUUUUCAAAUAGCAAAUACAAUCUAUGGCAUUUUUUUCUUUUAUUCAUAUAUAUUCAUAGAAGAAUGACUGUAACAAGGCAUAUAAUUGAUCUGUGGAAUCGAUGGUAAAAUUGUAUAAAUUAUAUAUUAUAUUGUAUAGAUAUAUAUUAAUCACGAAUUAUACAUUUUUAAUUAUAUAAAUAAUGUAUUCUAUUCAAAAUUGUUUUAAGUAUGUAAGAAAAUGGAGUUAGACUAAUAAAAUAGCUAGAUAAACCUAGCUAAGGUUUAUUAUUUGUGACAAAAUAAAAGUUUACUUAUUAUUGCACGCGGCUGUGCUUAUUAUAUUAUUUUUUUUAUUGUCUCUAGAUUGAAAAUGGUAUCUAUAUUCAUAAAAACAUAAGACGAUAACGUAAAAGUUAUCCAACAAUAAUAUACUUCUGUAUUUUGAUUAUUAGAUACUUAUUUAAUAAUUAAAAUACUAAUAAAUUCUCUCAAAUUAAGAAAUUAGUUGAAAACAUUAAAAAAUAAAUGAAAUAUUCUAAUUUACAAAAGUCAAUUUACGUCAGGUUUAUAAAGGAGACAAUUAUUUUAAAUGACCUAUAAAAAGUACUUUAUUAUAUUGGCAAUUUUUGAACCUAUCUAAUUACUUUUACAAUUUACAGAAUUUACACCCGUGCGGGUCCCAUAUCUUUUUUACUCAUAUAUUUUAUUUGUAAAUAUUACCUGCGAAAAAUUAUUUUAAUUAGAAAAAAAUAUUAACUAGAAAUCAUCAGAAAAUAAAUUUAGUGUGAUAGUGAUAUCUCGUUGGAGCUAUUUAUUUGAAUUACGUGAUUAUUUUUUGCUGUGAUCAUACUAAAGAUAUUUUAUAUAAAAUUGUUGUUUACAUGUUAGGGUUCCUUGGUAUAAGUAGUUUUUGUUGAUUAUUUGUGAUUAUAUUUAAAUAAAAAUGUUUUAGAUGCAGUUUUAAAAUUUUCUUUAGUGUUAUUUACGAUCUCAGUGAUUUAAAAUGUAUUUAAGUAUAAAAAGUCAGUCUGUCAAGCAGCUUCAAUCAAGCCUAACUUCUUUGACAUUUGAAUCAAACCACUUCUUAGAUCUCGUUUCUUCUCACAAUGCUACUAUGAUAUUUAUAAAAUAAUGUGUUAAGUAAUAGGUAGCUAGAAUAACAAAUACGUUGAAUUUUGGGAUCUAUAUAUUUUGUAUGUUCAAAAUCUCCGCGCUUGAUUCAAGCUGCUUGAUCGCCUCAAAACAUUUAAAAAUGUUUACGCAAUAUGCAUAGUACCUAUAGCUGUUAAAUGUAUAUUAUCUGUUUAUAUAAAUUGUAAAAUAAUAUUUAUAGUAUAAAAAACUUAUUUUUUUAGUAAAAAUUAACAUACUUGUCGACGUAUAAGUCUCUGUAAACGUAAAAUUUAGUUAGUUAAUAAAGUACAAAAGCAAUUGUGACUUCAGUGUAGCCCCGUCCUGAGUUCUUAUACGGAGGGAAAUAUGAUAAAAAAAAGAUACAUAUUGGCAUUUCACAAAAAAAAAUAUAGAUAGGUACGCAAAAUUGGAAUACGAAAAACUGACCUUUCAUGAAAUUUAAUGGCUCAUAUUAAUUAUUUAACGUCCUUGUUAAAAGCAAGUAAUAACUAAAUAUAAUAAAUCGUCGAGGCUUUUUCUAGAGAUUACAGCAUGGAAUUCUUUAAAACGGGGUUAUUAAGGGUUCUAAAGGGUCAACAACGCGCGCGUAACUGUAACAAAAACCGUGUUUGUUUGCUACCACAGUGUAGUAUAAAAAAAUUAAGAUGAUAAGGGACGAACAUAGAACACAUUUCAUAAAGUAAAUGUGUGAGAAAUGUAGUUGUCAGCAGACAAGAAGUUUCUCAACUGUAGGUUAUUUUGAGAUUCCUAAAAAUUAAAUUUAUACGAUUUACUAAUAUGGAUCUUUUGGGGAAUCACUAAAGUGCCCCGUUUAGACACCAGGAUGUGUGGCCAUCAAACAAGUGUAGUAAGAUAAAAUUAUAUCCCUUUCUAAUGUAUAAAAUAGAUAAAAAUCGUUAACUGUGUUCCCUAAUCGAUUCUAAACUGGUUUUUUAAACAAAUACUUUGAUAUUAGAAAUGUAAACGGCAAAUUGUUAAAUCAUUUUAAAAGGGGCAUAGGUAUACCAUAAGAAUGAGAUCUCUAUUAUUUUCCAAGAAAAUUAACUGUAUCAUUUCUGACUGAACGCUUAGUUAACAAGUACAUUUUGCUGCACAUGUUAAAUUUAAAUAAAUGAACUAUUAACAAAAUAAUUAUAUAUGUAAGGAUUCUAACAAUACACUAUUAUCCUAAACUGUUCAAGCAUUCAGAAGUUAUGGUAAAAUAAAGACUCUAAUUAUACUGCAUUAACGGGUUAGCCAUUAAAAAUAAGUUUAACACCACAUCUGUUACAUUUAUUGCAUAAUGAAAAAAUGCCAGAAGUAAUAUUUUCAACCGACAUAAAAAAAGAAAGUUCUCGUUUCGGUUGUAUUUUUUUAUGUUUGUUACCUCAUCUCCGCCAUAUAAUGAACGCUAUAAACCAAUUUGGAAAAUAUUUUUUUUAUCAGAAAGAAUAAACUUACAGAUUGGUUCCAUAGGAAUUUUAUCAAAAUCGGUUUUGUAGUUUAAUUUUAAAACAAUAUAACUAGUUUUGCCACAGUUGAUGUCAGGUUUUUUUGUUGAACACAUUAUUAUGUAUAGAUAAUUUCGAAAAUUAUGUAUCUAAAUAUUGCCCGUUUUACGACACAUUACCCUCUUCAUAGCAAAUCGUGCUUCCGAUUAUAAUUUUAUAAUCUUUCGCUUCUAAUAAAGAAUAAAUACAUUCACAUUGA